AUGGCGAGCACUUCCAUAAUUGUUUCGUUACUGCUUGCACUUUUGUGUGUGUGUGGGUGUGAGGGAUCGGGUUUGAGGCAUCAUUUCUACAAGAAGAGCUGCCCAUCGGCUGAGGCCACAGUUGAGCAUGUCGUCAAGAAAUACAUAGCCAAAGAUCGAACCCUUGCGGCUCCUCUCCUACGAAUGAAUUUCCAUGAUUGUUUUGUUCGAGGCUGCGAUGGGUCAGUGCUUCUGAAUUCCACAGCGAACAACUCAGCAGAGAAAGCCGCCAUUCCAAAUCUGAGCCUGCGUGGUUAUGAAGUGAUUGACGCUACGAAAGAAGAAUUAGAGAAGAAAUGUCCAGGCGUCGUUUCCUGUGCUGACAUUCUCGCACUGGUUGCACGAGAUGCUGUCCUUGAGGGGAGUGGAGGUCCAUUUUGGCGUGUGAGAACAGGGCGUAGGGAUGGAGUGAUAUCUCGACAGAACGAGGUCUUGACUAAUCUUCCGCCACCCUUUUUUAACUUUUCACAACUCCAAGCUUCUUUUGCAAGAAAAGGGUUAAGCGUCAAGGACCUUGUUGUUCUCUCAGGUGGGCAUAGCAUUGGAAGAGGUCACUGCCCUGGAUUCAGCAACAGGCUGUACAACUUCACAGGGAAAGGAGACAUGGACCCUUCACUGGACUCCACCUAUGCCAAAUUUUUGAAGAAGCAAUGCACUAGUCUGGCAGACACCACCACCUCUGUAGAAAUGGAUCCCCACAGCUCACUCUCUCUGGAUAGCCAUUACUUCACUACUCUUGAAGCAAACAGGGGCCUCUUCCAGUCUGAUGCUGCUCUUCUCACAAAUUCUGUUGCCAAAAAGCUUGUUGAUCAUCAGGUGAACAAAAAGAGAUUCUUCAGAAACUUCAAGCAUUCCAUGCAAAAGAUGUCGGAAAUUGAAGUUUUGACUGGAAACGACGGGCAAAUCAGACGCCACUGUGCUUUCAUAAACUAA